AUGGAGACCAAACCGGUCAUCACCUGCCUUAAAACCCUCCUCAUCGUCUACUCCUUCGUCUUCUGGAUAACAGGGGCCAUCCUGCUGGCCGUGGGAGUAUGGGGGAAGUUGAUGCUUGGCCCGUACAUCUCCCUGAUAGCCGACAACUCCACCAACGCCCCGUAUGUCCUCAUUGGCACCGGCACCGUCAUCAUCGUCUUCGGCCUGUUCGGAUGCUUCGCCACCUGCAGAGGAAGCCCAUGGAUGCUGAAGCUGUACGCCAUGUUUCUGUCGCUCGUCUUCCUCGCCGAGUUGGUGGCCGGGAUCUCUGGAUUUGUGUUUCGCCAUGAGAUAAAGGGAACCUUUCACAGGACGUAUAAUGACGCAGUCCUGAACUACAAUGCUGAGGACGAGGCGAGCCGCGCUGUGGACAACUUGCAGCACAAGCUGCGUUGCUGUGGAGUGUAUAACUACAGCAGCUGGUUGGCCAGUGUGUAUUACCCCUCCAACGGUAUUCCUGCCAGCUGCUGCUUUAACUCCUCCGACUGCAACCAAGAAGACCUCCGCAAUGCAACCAUAGCCCCGACCAAGGUCUUCCAACAGGGCUGCUAUGAGCUGGUCACUUCAUUCAUGGAAACCAACAUGGCCAUCAUUGCAGGAGUGACGUUUGGGAUCGCCUUCUCACAGCUGAUUGGCAUGUUGCUGGCCUGCUGUCUGUCCAGGAUCAUCACAGCCAAUCAGUAUGAGAUGGUCUAG